GAAAAAAUGAAAAAAGAAUAAAAAAAAUACGAAGUUUAAGAAUACAUGGCUGAAAAAUCUAGUGAUAAACUCGAAGAACAAUAUUAUAAAACAUAUAUGGAAUGGUCAUAUAGAUAACCAUAAGUAGAAGAUUAAAGGCUUUUAGUAAAAGAUCUUUUAGUUGAAAAUUUUGAAUUAUUAUCUUGCUUAAAUA